AUGCUCUUCUCCCGCUCGAUUCGCCUCCCCCGGACACCCCUGCGAUCGCCGAGUCCUUUCCGACCCUCAAGGUUCUUCUCCGAUUCUCGUCCUCGCUUCAUCAUCGAUAUGGCGACUGUCGACACUACGGAGCGCCUGUCGCAGUUGCGACAGCUGAUGAAAGAACACAAGGUGGAUGUAUACAUCGUUCCUUCAGAAGAUAGCCACCAGUCCGAGUACAUUGCGCCUUGCGACGGCCGCCGAGAAUUCAUUUCGGGCUUCUCCGGCUCCGCCGGUACCGCGAUCAUCUCCCUGAGCAAAGCUGCUCUGUCCACCGAUGGGCGGUACUUUAACCAAGCUGCGAAGCAACUGGAUAACAACUGGCAUCUCCUGAAGCGGGGCAUUGAGGGUGUUCCCACAUGGCAAGAAUGGACGACCGAACAAGCCCAGGGUGGCAAGGCUGUAGGUGUUGACCCGUCUUUGAUCACCGCCUCCGGUGCGCGCAAGCUGGCGGAGACCCUCGAGAAGAAUGGCUCGUCUUUGGUUGGAAUUCAACAAAACUUAGUUGAUUUGGUCUGGGGCAAGGACCGUCCCUCGCGCCCCAGUGAGAAGGUGCGCGUACACCCGGUUAAGUAUGCUGGCAAGCCGUUCCAGGAGAAGGUGGCCGAGCUGCGCAAGGAACUGGAGACGAAGAAGAAGGCUGGAUUUAUUGUUUCCAUGCUGGAUGAGAUCGCCUGGUUGUUCAAUCUGAGAGGAAGCGAUAUUCCCUACAACCCCGUGUUCUUCUCAUACGCUAUCAUUACUCCAACCACAGCAGAGCUGUACGUGGAGGCCGACAAGCUCACCCCCGAGGUGACUGCUCAUCUGGGACAGAAUGUGGUUGUCAAGCCAUAUGAUUCUAUCUUUGCCGAUGCUAAGGCUCUCGGCACUGCUCGGAGCCAGUCCACUAGCGAGGCGCCUAAUAAGUUCCUGCUAUCUAACAAGGCCUCCUGGGCCCUUAGUCUUAAUCUGGGUGGCGAGGACCAGGUUGAAGAGGCCCGUAGCCCGAUCGCCGAUGCCAAGGCUGUCAAGAACGAAGUGGAGUUGGAAGGAAUGCGCGCCUGUCACAUACGCGAUGGUGCCGCGCUGACCGAGUAUUUUGCUUGGCUUCAGAACGAGUUGAUCAACAAGAAGACUGUUCUGGAUGAAGUUGAUGCCGCCGACAAGCUCGAGCAAAUUCGCACCAAGCACGACUUCUUUUCUGGCCUGUCGUUCGACACAAUCUCUUCCACCGGUCCCAACGGCGCCGUCAUCCACUACAAGCCCGAGAAGGGAAGCUGCUCGGUCAUUGACCCCACAGCUAUCUACCUUUGCGACUCUGGCUGCCAGUAUCUGGAUGGUACCACCGAUACCACCCGAACAUUCCACUUCGGCCAGCCCACCGAGUUUGAGAAGCAGGCAUUCACUUUGGUUCUGAAGGGCCUUAUUGGCAUUGAUACCGCUGUAUUCCCCAAGGGCACCAGUGGCUUUGCAAUUGAUGUGCUGGCCCGCCAGUUCCUGUGGAAGGAAGGCUUGGAUUUCCUCCAUGGCACCGGCCACGGAGUUGGCUCCUACCUGAACGUCCACGAGGGCCCUAUUGGCAUCGGCACCCGUGUUCAGUACACCGAGGUUCCUAUUGCUGCCGGAAACGUGAUCUCGGAUGAGCCCGGAUACUACGAGGAUGGAAAGUUUGGCAUCCGAAUUGAGAACAUUGUCAUGGCUCGUGAGGUCAAGACUCCCUACACGUUUGGCGACAAGCAGUGGCUCGGCUUCGAACACGUUACUAUGACUCCGAUUGGUCGCAACCUUAUCGAGCCGUCUCUGCUGAGUGAUGCUGAGAUCAAGUGGGUGAAUGACUACCACGCCGAGGUCUGGGAUAAGACGCACCACUACUUCAACGAGGACGAGUUGACUCAGAAGUGGCUUGAGCGCGAGACCCAACCCAUCUCCAAGUAG